AUGGACGAUAUCGUCCAGGCUCAUGCGCACGUAAAAGAAGACGAUCAAGGCUCGUACGACGAAGAUGAGACGGACCAGUUGCAGGAUCUAGCCACCUACCUCGAUGUAAAGCAUGCUGCUGGCCUAGAGAUUGUUCAACAACUCAAAGCUUUACCAUCAAAUCCCGUUGCGCUCUCGCAUAUCACAGACCCCGAGCUUCGCGCCCUUCUGUGUGCACCAGAUGUGGAAAAGCACUUCGCUACGUUCAAGUACUGCUCCGAACUCUUUCCAGUAAUGGGUAGUUACAUCCAACAGCGCGCUCCAAACAAGCUGUUUGUAGAGACAUUCGUGUACAUGCGCGACAAAGCGAAGAAAGCAACGAUGUUACUAGAGUGUUUCCAGAUCGUCAUCGAGUGCCUGCUAAGCUACGAGCCCUCGCGACCGGAAGAGCACUUCAACGGUAGCGAAGCCCGAUUAGAGUUCUUUGGCGAUAUGCUCAAGUUUCCCGAAGCCACCCUUCAGCAGCUUGAAGCGGACCAAGACGUUCCCUUAGCCCUAAUCGAGAAACAGGAAGAGAACUCUGACAAGAAACCGGCCCGGAAGGAACGUGGUGUUCUGAAUAUACACCAUCUGGCGUUCGAUCCGGAGUCACUGAAAGGUCUACUAGAUGACGAACCGUCCCGUGACAUCGAGGCAGUACAAGUUGCGUUUCUGCAAGAUGAGAAUGAGGUGGGUAUAGAUGUGGAAGAUGAGCAGGGUAACAAGCUCGUUUGGAGAGAUGGCAAGUCGCACAUCAUCCUGGCUGUCAUUAAAGCUGAAGACGAGACCACUGUCAAGAAGAUGGAUGACCAACCGAAGAAGCCUACACAUGAGCUUCAGACUGCGCCAAGGAAGACGCCAAUCCAAAUAACGGGCGGCUUUGGUUUCGAUUACUCAGAUGACGAAGACGAUACACUCUUGAACAAUGAGGUGGACGAGACUAAGGUCAUCGCGGACAAGAGCAACGAUAUAUCUUCAGAUCCGUCACCCUACCUAUGCAUACCUUCGUCACCGCCAAUAUCGGCCGCAGACGGUCCAUUCAAGUCUAACUUACCCAAUAUCUCUUCUCCAUCCUCGCCGACCCUCCCAACUCUUCCGAACAAAUCCAAAAAUAAAGACGCGAAAACGAGUCGAUCUAACAGUGGUUCCUCCUCACCAUCGUCACGUAAGCGCAAGUCGUUAUCAAGCGAGUCAAGCGAAGACAACAAAGACACCAGCGGUGACUAUAAAGAAGGAGGUAAAGAAAACUCCGACCCUCCCAUGAAACGAAGCUGCAAAACCAGUCUAUCAUCCGACUCUUCCUCCUCUCGCUCUACAACGCCCCUAGAGGCGAAGUUGCGCAGCUCUCCAUCAGCACCAGCCUCACCUUUAGCAGACCUACCCCCUCUACCAUCUUCACCUGCAUCUCCAGAUAGUUUGUCUUUGUGUUCUGCAUCGUCUUAUGUGGACUCCGUAUCACCGUCUCAACCGCCUGAUGCGCCCCUUCCGCCGCAGCCAACGACACCGCAGCGGCGCAUGCAGACGCGUGCUAUGACACGAAGUGCGAGUACCACCCCAGCGCCUCCGGAUGCGGCAUCUACGAGAGCAACGCGUUCGUCGGGUAGGUCGUAG